CGGGGCCGGCGGGCGGGGCCGAGGGGCGGCCAUGGCGGCGGCGGGCCGGCUGCCGGGCGCCUGGGUGCUGUGGGCGCCGCUGCUCGGGGGGCUCGCGCUGCUGGGAGUCGGGCCGGCCCCGGCUCGGGCGCUGCACAACGUCACGGCCGAGCUCUUCGGGGCCGAGGCCUGGGGCACCUUGGCGGCCUUCGGAGACCUCAACUCGGACAAGCAGACGGACCUCUUCGUGCUGCGGGAAAGAAAUGAUUUGAUCGUCUUUUUGGCAGACCAGAAUGCACCCUAUUUUAAACCCAAAGUGAAGGUGUCCUUGAAGAACCACAGCGCCUUGAUCACAGGCGUUGUCCCCGGGGACUAUGACGGAGACUCGCAGAUGGACGUCCUCCUGACGUACCUGCCCAAAAAUCAUGCCAGCAGCGAAUUAGGAGCUGUUAUCUUCUGGGGACAAAAUCAGACGUUAGACCCCCGCAACAGGACCAUCCUCAGCAGGACUUUCCAGGAUGAACCUCUAAUUAUGGACUUCAAUGGCGAUUUGAUUCCUGAUGUGUUUGGUGUCACGAAUGGAUCCAGCCAGCCCCAGGUCCUGCUGGGCGGGAACUUAUCAUGGCACCCCGCACUGACCACUAAGAGGAAAAUGCGAAUUCCACAUUCCAAUGCAUUUAUCGAUCUGACCGAAGACUUCACAGCAGAUUUAUUCCUCACGACAUUAUCUGCCUCGGGUACCUCCCAGUUCGAGAUAUGGAAAAAUGUGGACGGGAGCUUCUCUCUCAGCACCGAACUUCAGGCGCCGCAGGCCCUGGUGGUGGUCGGGCAGUCGGCCUUCGCAGACUUCGAUGGAGACGGACACAUGGAUCACUUGCUCCCGGGCUGCGAGGACAAAAGCUGCCAGAAAAGCGCCAUCUACUUAGCGAGGUCUGGGACCCAGCAGUGGGUUCCAGUCUUGCAGGACUUCAGCAACAAGGGCACGCUCUGGGGCUUCGUGCCGCCGGAGCAGGAGCAGCGCCCAAUGGAAACGCCCUUCCCCAUCACCCUUCACAUCGGCGACCACAACAUGGACGGCUACCCGGACGCCCUGGCCGUGCUGAGGAACACGUCCGGGAGCAACCAGCAGGCCUUUCUGCUGGAGAACGUCCCCUGCACCAACGCGAGCUGCGAGGGUGCGCGCCGCAUGUUUAAGGUCUACUGGGAGCUGCUGGACCUGAGUCAAGUCCGAGAUGCCGUAGUCGCCACCUUCUUUGACAUUUACGAAGAUGGGAUCUUGGACAUCCUGGUGCUCAGCAAAGGAUCCGCAAAGAACGACUUCGCCAUCCAUGCGUUGAAAAAUAACUUUGAAGCAGACGCUUAUUUUGUUAAAGUCAUUGUUCUCAGCGGCCUCUGCUCCAGCGACUGCCCGCGGAGGAUCACGCCCUUCGGCGUGAAUCAGCCGGGACCUUACAUCAUGUACACGACCGUAGAUGCAAACGGGUACCUGAAGAACGGGUCAGCGGGGCAGCUCAGCCAGUCGGCGCACCUGGCCCUGCAGCUGCCGUACAGCGUCCUCGGCCUGGGCCGCAGCGCCAACUUCCUGGACCACCUCUACGUGGGCAUCCCCCGGCCGUCCGGAGAGAAGGCCGUGCGGAGACAGGAGUGGACGGCCAUCAUCCCGAACUCGCAGCUCAUCGUCAUCCCCUUCCCGCACAGCGUCCCUCACAGCUGGAGUGCCAAGCUGUACCUCACGCCCAGCAACAUCGUGCUCCUGACGGCCAUCGCGCUGGUCGGCGUCUGCGUCUUCAUCCUGGCCAUCAUCGGCGCCCUGCACUGGCAGGAGAAGAAAGCGGACGACAGAGAGAAGCGGCAGGAAGCCCACCGGUUCCACUUUGACGCCAUGUGACCCGCUAUUCACGCCGUAUCGUGGACCAGCCUCUGCGUGAUUCACCAAAACACUACCUUUGGCUUAGAGAAGAAAAUAGGGGAUUUUGAAAUUAUUUAUGACUGACGCUUCUUCUGGUGACUACUGGAGGGCACCCGGACGGACGCGGCAGGAGGGGCCGCGGGCCUGUUCGGGGCGCUCUGCCUUUCUGCUCCUCCGUGGGGCUGGCACGCGUGCUCAGCUGUUUCUGUCUCUACACACGCUUGUCAGAGUGACGGUGGCGGGAAGACUGUGAAUAAAGAUAUUUCGGUGAGCAGCGCCGACCGCGCCCUGCUCCUCUAACACAGCCGACGGCCCUUCCGUGCUGUCUCUCAGGCAGAGUUGCCGGCCUUCCCCUCCGUCUUGGGCCAGGGGCUGUCUCAGGGCAGACAGAGCGGUGGGCGGGGGCCUGGUCUUGGGACCCCUGUCUGCCAGCCUUGCCUUCCAUCCCGGCCCCCCCCGCCCAGCUGUUGGAGCUUGGCCGGAACGCAACCCCCGGGACCCUCCCUCCUGGUCCAUCGGUGGGUGGUCCUGUCGCUCAGCUGAGUGACCGUGAGCACUGGCGGGGACAGCACAGGGAAAGGCUCAGUGAGAGGUCACAGUCAUCGCUACUUUUAGAUGAUUUCUUUAGACUUUUACAGCUAAUUAUCGACAGGUAUAAACUCCAGAGAAUUUUAUUUCCAGGCAUUAGGCCGUCAUAUUUGGAAAACCUGAAUUCUUGGUGGGCGAUAGCUGAUACAAGGGUUUGUUACGUGUCCAUAAAAACAUCACAGCAGCCUCCAAGCCUGAAUGUGCCCCACAUUGUCACAUCACCUGACCCCUGACCCCUGCCACGUGGUGGCAAAGCACCGACUUCCUGAAGGGGACCGGGUGGUCCCACCCGGGAGGCUCGUCUCCCAUCUCAAGUCUCUCGUCAGAGCGCGUGGGGGUCUGUGAUUUGCGAUCAGACUUCAGAGCGGGUUUCUGAGGACUUCACCUCACCAGAAAGUUGCUUUGAGACUUAACUCUAAGAUCGGGGGAGACUUUGUAACUAGUCGGUGCCAGUACUGUCGUGCAUGCAGACGGCCGUGCGGCGGCUCCGAGACCCGGAUGCCGACUGACGCCUGUGACUUCGUGCUGUUCUGUCCUGUGCCGCUCACUGAGCACGCUGGUGUGUCGGUGAUUAACUCUGUCUGAGCAUGCAGUGUCCUCUUAAUAAAUAUUCUGUGUUGAGACGAA